AUGCGGAAUACCAGGUCAUCUAUGGAAGGCUUUGCACGAGAAGCUCUGGAACGAAGUAUGUCGUACGAUGCGCACCAGUCUGUGAUGCUGAAUCGGGUGGUCUACGGAACUGAGGAUGAAGAUACGAAUGGAAGUGACGAAGCGGAACAAUUUGAGUGGCAAGUAACCGUGUGCUGUGACGAGCUGCUCUUCUCAGACUCGAACAGCAUUUUCUUGGUCGAUCACGCUUGGACUUUCGAGCCCGGUUCAAUUAGAGAGUCCCUUGAAAAAGUUCCCGGUCUAAAGGAACGGAUGGCUUCUCUGAUGGAUAUUGAAGGAAAUAAUCCAGGCGAACUUAUAGAUGCCAUUGCCGAGUCUGUAUGGCGGUUUUGCCGACAUUACAAAGUAUCACCCUUUGAUAAUCCGGAAUUGUUGCGUCAAAAUCCCGAGUUACAAUAUCUUCGAUGGUACGUUCUGGAUGAGGUGGGCUCGCGAAUCGGUCAUUCAGACGAGCCAACUGCGCGCAUGAUUCCAUUCUUCUACAUCCCGCGCGGCAUUUGCUACUCUGUGUUCUGGCCAUUACGGGAUUUGCACCGUGAUGAUGCGAUCACUGUAGACUAUGUGGAACACGUGAAGGAUGCCAGUUUGCGCCCGUACUAUUUACUGCCAUGGCAACCGCAAGAUCAUUCGGAAGACUCCGUGAAUCAUACGUAUACACUUACGGAUGAAUUUUUCGGACUAUUGUUAAUUCGGUCGCAUCUGACCGAUCCACGCUUCACACUGACAGACAAACCGGAAGAGGCACAGAUCCUGUGGCUCUUGGAACACUUCAAAGAAUUCGCGUAA